ACCGCUAGCUACACCAGCUUCCUGCUCAGCUGAAAGUCAGCAUCAUCCUCGCCGCUCCUCCCCUCGGUAGGAAGGGCGCAUCCCGGAUAGCUAGCAGGCUAGCUGUACUCAGCAGAACGAUGGCAGUCAACCUCAGCAAAAAUGGCCCAGCGUUAACGGCAGCAUUCAAAGAAGUGGUGGAUGAAAAAUCCAGCACCAACUGGGCCUUGUACACUUAUGAGGGCAACAGUAAUGAUAUCCGCCUGGCAGAAAAAGGAGAUGGAGGCCUGGAGGAGCUGGUUGAGGAGCUCAACAGUGGAAAAGUGAUGUAUGCUUUCUGCCGGGUGGAGGAUCCAAACUCUGGGCUUCCUAAAUAUGUCCUCAUCAACUGGACUGGGGAAGGAGUGAAUGACUCCAGGAAAGGAUUAUGUGCAAAUCAUGUCAGCUCCAUGGGCAAUUUUCUCAGGGGGGCUCAUGUCACAAUAAAUGCCAGAGCAGAGGAGGAUGUGGAACCCGAGGUGAUCAUGCAAAAAGUGGGCAAAGCCUCAGGAGCCAACUACAGUUUCCACAAAGAAACUUCCAGCCGCUUCCAGGACAGUGGUCCUCAGGGUCCUGUGGGGUCAGUGUACCAAAAGACCAAUGCUAUGUCUGAAAUCAGGAAGACCAAUAAAGACAACUUCUGGGCUCAGGCAGAGAAAGACGAGGAGAAACGUCGCCUGGAGGACCGGCGCAGGGCAGACGAGGAGCGCCAGCAGCUGGAGAAAGAGAGGAAAGACCGCGAGGCCAAGGAGGCGGUUGUGAGGGAGACGAGGGACAAGGAGAAGUCCUCUCAAAUCGAUCAUCAAAAGAAGAGCCAGCAGAAGCAGGAGGCCGACAGCAAAGAGAUGGAGAAGCAUCGCUGGGAGGAGCAGGAGGAGAAGGAAGCAGUGCAGAGGAAAUCAGUCAAGAGAGGUGUAUCUCUGGAGAAGGCCAACGAGGCUGCUUCUCUCAUCUCUCAGCGUGCUAUGAACCCUAGAGAGAUGUUUAAGCAGAGAGAGAGGGGAAUCGCUCCGGCUGAGCCAGACGUCCCCGCAGCUGCCCCUGUCAGCCCCCAGCCAGGGCGUCUGCAAAGCCCGUUUCUUUCUAAGCCAGCUUUUGAACAUGAGCCAGCCAGCUCACCUCAGCGCCAAGCUUCGCCUGUGCCAGCAGGCUCCGCCUCUCCUGUCCAUGCUACAGAGCCUGAUGUGGAUGAUGGACAGUCCAGGUGUGAGUAUGAUGAGCAAGAGGCAGCCCCCCAGGAGCAGUUGAAAGAGGAGGCACCAGCUGUCAGCUCUUCUGUCCAGGAGACGGCGUUUGAAGAGCCUGCUCAGGUGGAGGAGACUAGCUCAUAUGAGGCGACUCCUGAGGAGUCCUCUGACAAAGGCGUCUGUGCCAGAGCCUUGUAUGACUAUCAGGCUGCUGAUGACACAGAAAUCUCGUUCGAUCCCGAAGACCUCAUCGCCGGGAUCGAGAUGAUAGACGAGGGCUGGUGGCGAGGCUAUAGCCCUGACGGCCAUUUUGGAAUGUUUCCAGCCAAUUACGUGGAGCUCAUCUAGCCCAGAGCCCUCCCUGCUCCCCGCCCGACCCACACAGAUCAUCCCACUGACAGCCUCAGAGGACCUCUGCAACAGAACAACACAGCAACGUCUGUCCUCGCACAAAAGCGAUCAGGCCGAAAUGGAGCAAACAAGCCGCCACAUCACGGACCAAUGAACAGAUGGUAGUUGUAGGCCAGAAUUUUUUGAAAUCUCUCUUAAAUCAAGAAAGAAAUGCCAUUGAAUUAUUGAUGUUGGAAGAAACUGUUGGCUUAGUUUAUGGAUUUGUGAAAACCCGUAGACUGAUCACAACUCCCUCCUACUCUCCCUAAAUUGAGUCUUUACCUGUAAAUGUGAUGGAGUACAGUAUCCGCCUUUGUUCAGUCUUAAAUUCAGUAGAGAGCUGAAAAG